AUGCAGCGAACCUUCAGUUAUUCAAGCCAGCAAUACGGAACUUCAACACCUCCUCCAUCUUCGUCGGGUGUGCCUUCAACAGCAUCCUCGUCCUCAUCGAUAUCACCUGUAAAUAGCGGAUCAUCAUCCGUUUCCCCAUCCCAACAAAAAACUGGUUCCCAAGAGAAAGUUAAAUUAUUUGAAAAUAGAAAGGAAAGAGAAAAGUAUGAAAAUAUGGCUGAAUUAUAUUCUUUGAUUGUUUCUGUGGAAAGGUUAGAAAAAGCCUAUGUAAAGGAUUCCAUCGUAGCCAAUGAAUAUGCGGAAGCUUGUAGAAAGCUAAUUGCAAAAUUUAAAACAAUUCAGCCAAUUGUUUCGGCAGAUGUACCAGAUAUUGAACGAUUCAUGAAAGAAUAUAGAUUGGAUUGUCCUGCAGCAACUAACCGAUUACUUAAAGUUGGUGUUCCAGCAACAGUUGAACACGGAGGAAAAGACCCUCAAUCAUCGACUGUUAAAUUGAUCGCACAAGCAACACAAUACUUUAUCACCGUAAUGGAUACCAUAAAACUCGGAUUGUUAGCCAAAGAUCAGUUAGCUCCGAUUUUGGUUGAUCUCAUGGAUUGCCUGAAUUCGUUACAUAUCAAAGACUUUGAAGGAAAGACAAAAAUUAGACAAUACAACCACACGGUCUGA